AAAAUCACAGGUAUACUACUAUAAAAUAACUUUUUAUAGCCUUGGAGAUUGAUAUUGGACACGGCAAGUUAAAGAUUUCGUUUAAAUGCUUUCCAUCCUCAAAUUUCAAACGGUACAAACAACAUUCAUUUACAAGAAAAAAUUUAACCCACAUGCAUAUACGGGAUAGCGCUAAAUCUAUAGAAUUUAGAGCAUGCCUAGAACCUAUCCAUAAGGCUUAGGCUUAGCAGUCAUUGCAUUAUAUUCAUUAUAACCCCCUCAAUUAACUGUGGUUCUUUACAUUAUAGGUAACGUCAUGCAAAACAAUAUCCUAAUUUUGCCACCUGCUAAAAAGUCUCUCUUAAAUGAAAUAUUGAGUAUUCUGCUGAGCCUAUUCUCUGCAUGUAGCUAAGAGGAGCUCUAGAAGAUGAUGGACGAGAUCUUCUCAAACUUCCAAAUUAAAUUAAUAAUAUUAAUCUUAUUGAUUGGUAUCAUUUCAAGAUUACAUUCACAGCAAUGCUCAAGAACUUGGGAUUAUGAAAUAAUCGAAAGCGGUGGCCCGCCGUUGCCUGAUAAAGAAGUAAUUUCAAGCCACAACGUCCAACCCGCUGUUCAACUGAACUGCAAUUUUCUCUGUUAUGAAGACCGAAGAUGUGUUGGAUUUAACUUCCAGACAAAAAACAAAGACGUCAUAAACUGUCAACUGACCAACACCACUGUAAGAAGCAACAACGUAGGAUCUGGUGAUUGGACUUUGUUUCACAAAGUUCGUGUGGGUUACGGACGCGACUGCAGUGAGCUUUACCGUAUAUAUGGAGAAAGAACAGACGGUGUUUAUGAAAUAGAUCCGGGCAAGACAGGAAGUUUCAAAGUUUUUUGUGAUAUGACAACGUCCGGUGGAGGAUGGACAGUGAUUCAACGUCGUCUCACUGGAAGCGUUGAUUUUUAUCGAGGAUGGCAAGAUUACAAAAACGGCUUCGGCGAUGUCAACGGAGAAUACUGGCUUGGUCUUGACAGAAUACAUCGGAUGACAACUGCUUUACAAAAUGAACUUCGUAUCGACAUGGAAGAUACUUCUGGGAACACAAAGUACGCACAGUAUAAUACCUUUGCUGUCGGUAGCGAACAACAAAAGUAUAUUUUAAGCAUUGGAGGAUACGCCGGUACAGCAGGAGAUUCUUUGUCACCACAUAAAGGAAUGGCGUUCACGACCAAGAAUCGCGACAAUGAUGCAGAUGUGAACAACUGCGCUGUGGUAUUCAAAGGUGCUUGGUGGUAUAGCAGUUGUCACAGUUCCAACCUGAAUGGCAAGUAUCUUUAUGGCAAACACAGUUCGUAUGCUAAUGGCAUCAACUGGUUGGCAUGGAAAGGGUAUUAUUAUUCACUGAAAUCAACAUCAAUGAAAAUCAGACCACGUGCACCUUGACACUCAUAACUCAAAAACGGAACUCCAUGCAAUGUAUAUGAUAAUAAUUAUUACAAAGUUUAGUUAAUUUUCUUUCAGUGUCACGAUAGUUAACUUCUGACUUAUUAUCAAACAGAUAUAUUACUUUGUCUCACGCAUGUCUCCCUUUGAAAAUAUCGAAAAAUAUCGAAAACAAUUUUACUCAGUAAUUGACGGUUUUAUUUCGCAUCAUAAGAGGGACCUUGCGACCGGGGAAUUCCUCAAGCAAAUCCGAUGUUAUGUAACCAGCCUACUGCAAAGGGCCAUUUGUAGAAUAUCGUGAAAACGAGGUGGAUAAAUAAUUUAUAUAUU